AGUAUUAGUAUAAAUUAUAAUAAAAAAUGUAUGCUGAAGUUUUCGCAUGAUUGAAACUUUAUCUCAUUUUCAACAAUUUUUCCAUCCACAAGAAAAGAAAAACACAUUAUCUAAAAAGUCUUUUUCGUUCCAAUUCACUGAGCUCUGUGAUUGUUUUUGACAUUAAUGGCAGAAGAAUUGAUAUUGUUGGAUGAAUGGCUUAGUAUGUUUGGUAUGAGAGCAAGGAUAGCAUUGGCUGAAAAAGGUAUAAAGUAUGAGUACAAGGAAGAAGAUCUUGAGAACAAGAGCCAAAUGCUUUUGGAAAUGAACCCAAUUCACAAGAAGAUUCCAGUUCUUAUCCAUAAGGGAAAACCUAUUUGUGAGUCCAUCAUUAUUGUUGAGUAUAUUGAUGAGGUUUGGAAUGAUAGAGUUCCAUUUCUGCCCUUAGAUCCUUAUCAGAGAGCUCAAGCUAAGUUUUGGGCUGAUUUUGUCAACAAGAAGGUUGGUGAUGUUGGGGGAAGAAUAUGGGCUGGAAAGAGAGAUGAGAUUGAAGUGGCAAAGAAGGAGUUGAUUGAAGCCUUAAAGGAAUUGGAGAAUGUCCUUGGAGACAAGCCUUAUUUUGGUGGUGACACAUUUGGGUUUGUUGACAUUGCUUUGAUCCCUUUCUAUAGCUGGUUUUAUACUUAUGAACAAUUAGGAAACUUCAAAGUAGAGGCAGAGUGUGAUAAGUUGAUUGCUUGGGCAAAGAGAUGCAAGGAGAGGGAAAGUGUUUCCAAAUCUGUUGCUGAUGAGAAAGAGGCAUAUGAGUAUGUUGUUAACUAUAGGAAGAGGUUUCAGUUGGAUUGAUCAUAAGACAUUUUGGAAUCUUUGAGAAAUUGAACUUGUUGUUGGUCUUGUUUUCUUGAAUUGGGUUCAAAAUAUGUAACUAAACUAAGCAAUUUGGUUUUUCCUAUUA